AACAAACACAGAUAGUACUGUACAAAAGGGGCUGACCCAGAGAGUUUCCUUGCAUUCAAAUGCAAGCUGUCCAACCUUUUCUUUACCAGAGCUUGGGUCCCAGGACGUAAUGGUUGCAGAUAUUAAAAUACUUGUUUGUGUUGGACUUGCUGUUGUACUAUCAGGUGUGGGACAGUCUGCCUUUAUCGGGAAGAGCCACAGCGGGGGAAAGGACGAUCCAGUGCUCCAGUAUGUAGUUAACAACUCACUGAGGGAGCACCCAGUCCUCACCAAACUCAGACUGAGAACCCUUGAAGACUCAUGGAAUGUCAUGAUGGUUGCCAGUGAACAAGCCCAGUUGAUGGCAAACCUCAUUAAACUGAUCAAUGGAACUAAAGCCAUUGAAAUUGGGAUGUACACAGGGUACAAUGCACUGAGCAUGGCUUUGGCCAUGCCAGAGAAUGGGCGUGUGGUAGCUUGUGAAAUAGAAGACACCUACGUGAACAUUGCCAAACCAUUUUUUAAAGAGGCUGGAGUUGAAAAUAAGAUAGAUGUGCAACAUCAGAUAGCAAUGAAGACACUGAAUGACCUGAUUGCAGCUGGGGAAGUUGGAACAUAUGACUUUGUGUUCAUUGAUGCUGAUAAAUCCAACUAUGACAAUUACUAUGAGAAAUCCCUUGAGCUCAUACGGACAGGGGGCAUCAUUGCGAUUGACAAUGUGCUGUGGAGCGGAAGGGUGGUGAAUCCUGCUCCCACUGACCUCACCUCCCAGGCUCUGGAUACUCUCAAUAAGAAGCUGCAUAAAGACCAGAGGAUUGAUCUGAGCAUGCUCACUGUGGGCGAUGGGCUGACUAUUGCCAUUAAACGCUAAAAUCACUAGUCAAACAGUUAAAUAUGUUUUUCUUAACAGUGCGUUGGUUUUGAUAUUAAAUAAAAGUCUAAAAUAAAA